GUCCAUCACUGUGGAUCUCUGGUGGAGCUGCUGAGGAUCAGUAACCCGUGGGGUCAGGUGGAGUGGACCGGAGCCUGGAGCGAUGGCUCUAAGCAGUGGGAUGGAGUGGAGGAGAAGGAUCUGGAUCACUCUGCUGAUGAUGGAGAGUUCUGGAUGUGCUACGCUGACUUCCUGCGUCAGUUUUCCCACCUGGACAUCUGUAACCUGAGCCCAGACGCUCUGAGCGGCGAGGGCAGGGGCCUCUGGAGAUACAGCCAGUUUGAGGGUGUCUGGAGGGUGGGGUCCACCGCAGGGGGGUGCAGGAACUACCCAGCCACGUUCUGCUCCAACCCUCAGUUCCUGGUGCGGCUGCUGGAGGAGGACGAGGGUCUCCAGGAGGGGGAGGAAGGCUGCACCCUGAUCCUGGGUCUGCUGCAGAGAGACGCUCGUAGAGAGAGGCGGUACGGAGGAGACCUCAACACCAUUGGGUUCUCCAUCUACAGGGCUCCUGAGGAGUUUAAAGGUCACCUGGGUCCUGACCUCCUCCUUGGUGGAGCGGCGGUGUCUCGCAGCAGGAGUUUCAUUAAUCUGAGGGAGGUCAGUGAGCGCUUUGUUCUGCCACCCGGAGAAUACGUCGUGAUCCCGUCGACCUUCGAGCCCCAUCGGAGGGGCAGCUUCCUGCUGAGGGUGUUCACCGAGAAGCAGGCACACGCCGGUCCGCUGGAGGAGCCGCUGACUGCAGACGUCCAGGAGAUUGAUGAUGAAGAGAGCGAUGUGGACCCUCACUUCAGGCGUCUCUUUCUGCAGAUCUCUGGAAACGACUCUGAGGUCUCCGUCUUCGAGCUUCAACACAUCCUGGACAGAGUGGUUUCUCAGAGGUCUGAUGUGAAGACAGACGGGUUCAGUCUUCAGACCUGCAGAGACAUCUUCAGUCUGUUGGACACGGACGGCAGCGGCAAGCUGGAUCUGAAGGAGUUUCACUGUCUGUGGACCAGGGUCCAGAAGUACCUGGAAGUCUUUCAGAGGUUUGAUUUGGAUGCUUCUGGAACGAUGAGCAGUCACGAGAUGAGAGCCGCUGUGACUGCAGCAGGUUUCCAGGUGAACAGUGUGUUACUGCAGCAGAUUGUCAGCAGGUUUUCUGAUCAGAGUUUCUCCGUCGACUUCGACUCGUUCCUCGGCUGUUUGAUCCGUCUACAGCUGCUGCUCAAGAUGUUCAAAACUCUGGACGUGAAGAAGGAGGGUAAGAUCCACCUGGACCUGCAGCAGGUAAACAGACCAUAACUAACCUGCUAACUAACCUAACUAUCCACAACUAAACCAACCAAACCAACUAAUCUGACUAUCCUAUACUAACUAACCUAACUACCCACAAUUAGACUAACCAAACCAACUAACCUGACUAUACUAUAUUAACUAACCUAACUACCCACAACUAGACUAACCAAACCAACUAACCUGACUAUACUAUAUUAACUAACCUAUACUAACUAACCUAACUACCCACAACUAGACUAACCAAACCAAAUAACCUGACUAUCCUAUACUAACUUCCCACAACCAGACUAACCAAACCAACUAACCUGACUAUCCUAUACUAACUAACCUAUACUAACUAACCUAACUACCCACAACUAGACUAACCAAACCAACUAACCUGACUAUACUAUAUUAACUAACCUAUACUAACUAACCUAACUACCCACAACUAGACUAACCAAACCAACUAACCUGACUAUCCUAUACUAACUAACCUAUACUAACUAACCUAACUACCCACAACUAGACUAACCAAACCAACUAACCUGACUAUCCUAUACUAACUACCCACAACUAGACCAACCAAGCCAACUAACCUGACUAUACUAUAUUAACUAACUUAUACUAACUAACCUAACUACCCACAACUAGACUAACCAAACCAACUAACCUGACUAUCCUAUACUAACUAACCUAUACUAACUAACCUAACUACCCACAACUAGACUAACCAAACCAACUAACCUGACUAUCCUAUACUAACUACCCACAACUAGACUAACCAAACCAACUAACCUGACUGUCCUAUACUAACUAACCUAACUACCCACAAGCAGACUAACCAAACCAACUAACCUGACUAUACUAUAUUAACUAACCUAUACUAACUAACCUAACUACCCACAA